CUUCCAUUCUUUUUCCUCCUCGCAAAACCUCUCGUUUUUCUCAAAUUUGCGGACAAAAUAUUCAGUCAAACGAAUGGGAUUACAGGGCCAGCUCAACGACGUCUCGUCGGAUUCAAUCCCGCUUCUCAUCCUUGCACUGAUCGCCGACUGCUUCGGCUAUCUCCGAAGCCUCCUUUUCGAUCUUUUCCAUUCCACCUUCCGGGCCGCUACUGCUGACGACUUCGGGACGGGAGCCGUGGGUUCAGGCCUGGCUAGCCUCGUCGUACUGGCGGAGCAGCUCAAUUUGAACAGGGUUUUGUCGUACGGAUACUAUUGCGGCGGAGGGUUUUGUGAUUGUGUGGUGUGCUUGUGUAGGCUAAGAGAUGGGGAGCAGGUGAGGGAGCUCGAUUGUUGCCACGUGUUUCAUAAGGAGUGCUUUGAUGGUUGGCUUCAUCAUUUCAAUUUCAACUGCCCGCUUUGUCGGUCUCCUCUCGAAGCCGAUCGGCGAGUUGAAUUCACGCGGAAGCGCGUCGGCGGUGAGUUGCUUGACCGGUUUUCUUUGCGCUGAUUCGGAUCGGUGACGCCGUCGGCCAUGAUUUUGGUAAUUUAAGAAUUUUAGAAUUCUCCCCCAAUUCGAAC